AUGGAGAGUUCUGUGAUCCUGGGUUGUCUUCUGGUGCUGGUUUGCUCCUUGAUGCCAUGUGGACUGUGCGCUGACAAGGAUCAGACUCCGGACUUCUGCCAGCUCAGUCCGGACUCGAAUCCCACUUGCAUGGCCUACAUGCCACAGUAUUUCUAUAAUUCUACAUCUCAAGAAUGUGAAGAGUUCAUUUAUGGAGGCUGUGGAGGAAACCAGAACAGGUUUGGGUCAAAGAAGAAGUGUUUGGAGACCUGCUAUCGUCCUGCCGUCACUGAGAAGGUGAAUUUAGAUUCCACUCUUCUAAAAUACAAAGGAGCCUGUAACUUACCUGCAGAGUCUGGACCAUGCAUGGGAUACAUGCCCAUGUAUUUCUACAACGAGGUGUGCAACCUCCCCCCAAAGACAGGGCCGUGUCAUGCUCUUUUCCACAAACUUUACUACAAUCCAGAAACUCAGAGAUGUGAGCCCUUUAUCUACGGCGGCUGUGAAGGAAACGCAAACAACUUUGACUCAGCUGAAGCGUGUCAGUUUGUGUGUCAUCCCGACGGCAGCGACGUGAUUACUCCACUUGUUGCAACAGGCAGAGCAGUCGAUGAAUGUUCAGUGGCACCUGAAGCUGGUCCUUGUCGCAUGAAUUUGCCAAGGUUCUUUUACAACUCCACUUCUCAGAAAUGUGAAUUAUUCACAUAUGGAGGUUGUGAUGGAAACAAAAACAGAUUUGUGUCGGAGAGAGAGUGUCACCUAAACUGUCCUUUCAGAGGCCCUCGGAUGCGCACUGUCGCACAACCAGAAUCUAAUGUUUGUCUCCUUCCAUCAGACCCAGACGACAUCCAUUAG